ACGUCUUCACUGCUGGAGGAACGAUACUCUGCUCCGUACCUUCCGUACCCGGACACCGGGCCCGCCUUCCGAGCGACUUUCAGUGAUCGGGCGCUUGCCGCAAACUCCUCUGAACCGGCAAGUCAACGACCGCUGCUCACCACGUCCCCCUCAAGACGUCGACGAAGAGCCUAUGCCGCCGGAUUACGAGCUGCAGUCGUAUUGGAAGACUCGGUUCGUCGGAGAGCAGCACUUCGAGUGGCUAGGAGACGGCAAGGACACCAUCCUUCCCCAUGUGCGCGCGUUCCUCGGGUCGCGACCCUCUUCCGGCUCGCCUGCGCGGUUGCUGCAUAUCGGCGCCGGGACAUCCUCCCUGUCGGAACGACUGCGCGAACUAUACAUUGACGUGUAUGGGGACAGCGUCGACGAAGGAGCGAUUGUAAACGCGGAUUUCGUGGAGGAUCUAGUGGCCAGGAAACAGGCAACGGAGGAGGCGAGGCGAGCGGUCGGCGGGCCUGGAAAGGGUAUGAGUUGGGUGCGGAUGGACGCACUCGAAUGGCCGGAGUUAAAUGGCUUCGUGGAUACGAACGGCGGCCUCUUCGACCUCGUGGUGGAGAAGAGUACCUCUGACGCUAUCUCGUGCGGAGAAGACUUGUCCUAUGGGGUCCCCGGUCCCAGCCUUCACCCUGUAUUCAACGACUACCUGAAGACUCACGCAGGACGAACAUUCACACUGUCUCCGGUGGAGGUGCUCGCGAUCCAUCUAGCGUCGCUCGUGCGUACCGGGGGCCUGUGGGUUGCUCUGACGUUCUCUUCCAACCGGUUUCCCUUCUUGUCUUCGCCGGAGAUUAUCGAUGGCAACCCUCCGCGUGCGACGGACUUCUGGUCUCUAGAGAAAGUCGUUACAAUGGAUGCGCCGACUGGGGCGCAGAGCAACGUUCAUGCGCCUGUUGUGCAGCACUACGUAUACCUCAUCCGUCGCAAAGCAUAGCGUUACGCGAGGACUCAAAUCAGGAAAGGCCAAUAUCCUCGACAUGCACCCCGAGGAAUACGGGACUUCGUGGAGGACUUGACUCGUGAGAGGAAGGGGACGGGUCCAGAUGCAGGACGAUCUUGUUCCGUGUGUAUCUAUAUGUUGUAUACUCAUCCCGAUGAAA